UUUGGCGACCCGUCGCCAUUACUGCGAGCUCGUAGGAACGGAGGUAUUUUUUUGGUUAAAAUCUUAAAAUUGACAAGUUUUCCAGAUUGUGGAAAACAUUUAACGCCUUGUUAAAGGCAUUUUGUUUUCCUUAACGAGUAAAAAACCUUAAAUUCGGGGGUCUUGGCCCCGUGUGGCGAGCUUUCGUCCUCCCUUCCAACAGCCUCCAUAACUUGAGACGCCGAAAUCGUGUCUCUUCUUUUUUUCUCGGGUUUGUUUUAUUGUCAAGAUGUCGCCGUGAUGGAGUCUCCGCGUUUGACAGAAAUGAAUCAGGGCCUUCGCCGCCUGACCCGCACUCACUGCAGCCCGCCUUCCUGCUCCGUUUUUCUGUUUGAUGCUAGAGAGCUCAACUGUUCUCUGCCCCGAGCUCGGCCUCAGCACAACUCACCGCACGGAGACAACAAACAUGGAGAAAAACCCCAACAGCAGCAGCAGCACCAAGGUUCCGCCCCGCUCCAGCUCUACAGGCCCAACACCGGGCGAAACUAAACCCAAAACAGAAGGUAAAAAUAAUGGAGGCUCUAAGCGCUACAGCCGCAAGCGCGAGCCCUCAUUUCCUAAAACUGACAGUUUCCAAGGCCCUCGCCGCACCAAUUCACAGAAAAGCAAGAAUUUUGACAAGAGACCCUCUCAGAGAGGUGGAGGAAGACAGUAUGGAGUUGCAGGUGGAGGACGACGUGAGGAGGUAGCGGAGACACGCCGGGCUGAGUUUAGCCCGGCUCAGUUUGCUGGACCGAAAAAAAUAAGCCUGAACCACCUGUUGAACUUCACUUUUGAACCCCGUGGAGGAAAUGGUGGCGUCGGAGAUGGUGGCCACUCCUAUUGGGGCCGCCGAAACAAAUGGGGUCACAAGCACAAGCCCUUCAACAAGGAGCUAUUUCUGCAGGCCAAUUGCCAGUUUGUGGUGAUGGAUGACCAGGACUACAAGGCUCACUUCACUGAUCCAGACACUCUGGUCAACUGGGACUGUGUGCAGCAAGUGCGCAUCUACAGUCACGAGGUGCCGUCUUGCCCGAUCUGCCUCUACCCUCCUUUGGCAGCCCGCAUCACCCGGUGUGGACACAUCUUCUGCUGGCCGUGCAUGCUGCACUACCUUUCUCUUAGCGACAAGAGCUGGUCCAAGUGCCCCAUCUGCUAUGAGGCCGUUCACACCGAUGACCUGAAGAGUGUGGUUGCCAUGGAGACCAGGCAGUAUGUGGCAGGUGAUGUAAUCACCAUGCGCCUGAUGCGGAGGGAGAAGGGGGCUCUGGUGGCCAUGCCUAGCUCUCAGUGGGUGAAGGUGGAGGAGCCUGUUCGCUUUGGAGAUGCGUGUCUCAGCCCGUACUCCAAGCUGCUGCUGACCUCCCCAGCGCAGGUCCUGAACCUGGUGGCAGAGGAUAAGGCUGUCCUGCAGGUUCAGCUAAGCCAGGAAGAGGACGCCCAAGGCUGCUUCAUCCAGAGUGCCCUUUGUCUUUUGCAGGAGCGAGAGGAAAUGCUGCUCAAGCAGCAGAAGGCAAACCCAGGAGACGGCUUUGACUUGUCCUCUCUGACUCUGGAAGAACCUUCUUCUCCUGUGGAGGAAGUGGUCACUAACACCAGCAGCACCAAGCCUGUGCUGCAGUAUUCCUCUGCAUUUGAUGACGAGGUGCUGGAGGUGGUGGAGGUUCCAGAGGAUGCCGCUGCAGAGCUGCCAGGCUUCCCUCAAGGUAUUUUGGAGUGUGUGCUGGAGGAGCCUCCAGAAGCUAUGAUGGAUGCAGCACCAGAGCCCCAGCUUGAUGAGGAGAAGCCCACCAGCCAAGCAGAGCCAGGCCGCCCCUCAACCGGUGUGGUGCAUGGACCCUACUACUAUUUCUACCAAGCUGACGACUGCCAGCAGAUGUUCCUGCAUCCUGUGAAUGUACGCUGUCUGUUGCGUGAAUACGGCAGCUUGGAGGCCAGUCCGGACUCCAUCACUGCCACAGUGGUGGAGAUUGUGGGGCAGACGGUGACUGAGGAAAUCCGUCGUAGGCAUCGCUAUCUGGCUCAUCUGCCACUCACAUGCGAGUUCAGCAUCUGUGAGUUAGCCCUAGAGCCGCCAAUCGUGUCCAAAGAAACUCUGGACACGUUCGCAGAUGACUUGGAGAAGAGAAAGCGCCUGAGGCAGAAGAAAGUGAGGGAUGAGAAACGCAGAGAGAAGCGGAUUGAAAUUGAGGAGAACAAGAAGCAGGGUAAAUAUCCUGAGGUGCAUAUUGGAUUAGAGAACCUUCAGCAUUUCCCAGCGUUCGGGUCUCCGCCUCCCAACAGCAGCCCUCCAGUUCAGCCUGACUUCACAUUUGCCCCCGCUUCACCCCUCAGCUGCAGCCCUUCCUCUGAUGGGAUGACAUUCCCAAGUCUGAAUGGUCAAAGCUCUUCACCCAUUGUUGGUAGUGUGGAGGACGACUCCCACUGUAUGUCCUUUGCACAGAUGCUAAGAGAUGGGAAGGCCAGAGUUGAUGCUGGGCCCAGGAUCACUCCAAAGAAAGAUCAGCUGCUUGCUCCCCCAGCAGCAGACAGCGACGGAGAGAGCGACGGCUCGGACCGAGUUCCCGUGCCCAGCUUUCAGAACUCCUUCAGCCAGGCCUUUGAGAAGGCACUUCUGCAGCUGGACAAUGGUCCUGCUUCUUCUCCACAACCUGUUGUUGACCCAGAUGAGAAAGGAGGAAAGAAGAAGAAGAAAAAGCAGAAACUUCUGUUUAGCACAUCCAUGGUUCACACAAAGUAGACACUGAAGUUAAUUUAAUCAUUUUGUUUCUUGAGUUGAUCUUUCCACUGAUGUGUUUUUACUCCCAUGCAGAGCUUUCUUGGAACUAUAAGCUAUAGAAAUAGGUUUUAGUGUGUAGCCAAAGUUCAUGCUGCUUCUAGUCAGUGUUCUCUGGGUUCGGUCCACAGUUUAGGUGGCGUGCCCAUCAUUUUCAUUUACAUGGAAUUCGUUGUUCAAAACUUUACAGCAACCUCCUGUCACACUGAAAGCAUUUGAUGCUUAGGUAAAGCAAAUGAUAAAACAAGCCUAGAGGCUAUUAUAUCCUGAAUGAUUCAUGCUUCCCAUGGCUUCCAGAUAGCCGAUGCUAUCUGGCUGCUGUAUGAUGUCCAACUUUCCUAAAGUUCACGCUGAGCGUUGCAUCAGGAUCCAAGAGUAAUAUGGAUAAGAUAAUUCUAGGGUGCUUUAUAUUAAAGUAGCAGUCAGCCAGCUGCAGGUACGUUGCACCUUUAAAUCUUUCCAGGUUACUCAGUGCUCGGACGUUAUCAGUCUGAACUUCACCUUUAGAACAGAUGGAAACAAGUAAACUCUGAUUUCUUUCCAGUGUUUAUCGUAGGAAAUUAUUUGGGCUAGCACUUCAUCGCCCUUCAAGAUGUUAGAUUUUGGGGAUCGCUGCUUUGAGAUCAAUGCCCUAGUAUUUUGUAAUAACAAGAAUACAUCAUACCAUUGUAAGGAAGUGAAAACACAGUAUUGUAUUACAGAGAUAUUGUAUGUUUGUUCAACUGAGCUCCAGUAUAUUCUGCCAGACUAAACUAUAAAUAUGCACUUUUCUCCUCCUUCUGUCAUCUUGUUGUUUACUAACUUUUACUCCCCCAGUUUAAUUUCAGUGUUUAAAAUGUGUGAAGUUAGAGAAUUGCUGGCAUUUGAAGAAUGCUUGUGGAACCUGAAGAAAAGUGGAUUGGAAAUUUAUUUUAUUGGAAAGUUCUUUAAUUUGCCUUUACUUUGGAGCAAGUUUAUAGACUAGUGAACAUAACUAGUCUGUUGAAAUGAAUAAACAAAUAUGCACAACCAAA